CGCGCGGAGUGACGCGCGCGCGUGUGUGCGCAUACCCACGCCGAUCGCCGGCCCCGGCCGUGCCAAGACCCGACGAUGACUCUGAACAAUGUCACCAUGCGCCAGAGCACCGUGGGCACGCAGCCCCAGCAGCAGCGCUGGAGCAUCCCAGCUGACGGCAGGCACCUGAUGAUCCAGAAAGAGCCCCACCAGUACAGCCACCGCCACCGCCCCGCCGCCGCCCCGGACGACCACUGCCGCCGGAGCUGGUCCUCGGACUCCACGGACUCCGUCAUCUCCUCGGAGUCGGGGAACACCUACUAUCGGGUGGUGCUCAUCGGGGAGCAGGGAGUGGGCAAGUCCACUCUGGCCAACAUCUUUGCGGGUGUGCAUGACAGCAUGGACAGCGACUGCGAGGUGCUGGGAGAAGAUACAUAUGAGCGAACCCUGAUUGUGGAUGGGGAGAGUGCAACCAUUAUACUCCUGGAUAUGUGGGAAAAUAAGGGGGAGAACGAAUGGCUGCAAGACCACUGCAUGCAAGUCGGGGACGCCUACCUUAUUGUCUACUCCAUCACAGACCGAGCAAGCUUUGAGAAGGCAUCUGAGCUGCGAAUCCAGCUCCGCAGAGCCCGGCAGACAGAGGACAUUCCGAUCAUUUUGGUUGGCAAUAAAAGUGAUUUAGUGCGGUGCCGCGAAGUGUCUGUAUCAGAAGGGAGAGCGUGUGCCGUGGUGUUUGACUGCAAGUUCAUCGAGACCUCGGCGGCCGUCCAGCACAACGUGAAGGAGCUGUUUGAGGGCAUCGUGCGGCAGGUCCGCCUCCGGCGGGACAGCAAGGAGAAGAACGAGCGGCGGCUGGCCUACCAGAAAAGGAGGGAGAGCAUCCCCAGGAAAGCCAGGCGCUUCUGGGGCAAGAUCGUGGCCAAGAACAACAAGAAUAUGGCCUUCAAGCUCAAGUCCAAGUCGUGCCAUGACCUUUCUGUGCUCUGAGCUCCCCGAGUGACCCGGAUGUCCCCCCCGAUGGACAUCAUAGAAGGCCGUUGGGGCCGAUAAUCUAUAUUAGAUUGGAUUCUUAAGGAUCGCUGGAUGUGGCUUUCCCCAUUGCAGCCCGGAACUCACGUACGAGCCUCUUGGGCAACAUGGUGCAUGGGAAAUGAAAGAUCCUUGAACAGAGUCAGUAUUUAUUUACAGGAAGAGCCUGAUCUUGUUACCCGAAUGCCCCAGACUCGUGGCAGGACAUAUUUGGUGUUCAUAUGUGUUUCUUCUCUCCUUUGGAUAGUAGAGAAUUGAAGCACACAGAAGAAUACCUACGACAAGAACUUUUCUCCUAAAAAUUUUGCCCAGUGUUCUGAUAUGUGAAUUUGAGGCCAAUGACUCAUAAACAGAUAUUGGAAAGGUAUCUGAGAGUUUACUCCAAGGAGGGAGAAGUUUCUACAUACCUUAUCUCCGUGGAGCUGGGACUUGUAGAAGUAGGCUCGUCCUCAUGGUCAUGGCUCUGAUUAAUCCAUCAAACUGUGAAAAGAACUGGCGGACCUUGCGGGACACUAAAGCGUACCAACAAUUUCUGUUCAGUAUCCACAGAGAUCUGUAGAAUUGGGAACUGAUACAUGUACCACCUGUAGGCUCAGAAAUUGUAUCUUAUGUGUCUUCACAUUUUUUAUUUAGGGGCAAAUUCAUCAAAGUCUACUUAAUCAAACCACCUUUCGUGUUUCAUUAUUUUUUAACCCAUGGAGCCAUCAUAUAAAUUUUUAGAAAUCUGAAUUACUGAUAUCCUGCAGUGCAAAAUGCCAAAUGUUUCAAUAUAAUCAAAGAUCUGAAUUUUUUAUAAACCGCACAACACGAAAGCUUCCAGGGCUUUGGGGUAACCCUUGGAUGCCACAGCUCUGCUCUAUUUAUUAUUAUUUUGCAAAAUAACCAUUUUAACAUUUGAUAAAGCAUAUUUAUGAACAUAUUUCUUAGCAAGAAAACGUCCAUUUUAUUACCAUUUUCUAUCUUUUUUCAAAAUAUGCAAGUUUUUA